AUGCCAUUUGUCAAAAAUUUAUGCGAGGAAACUUUGCCACCGUUUUCUCUGUCAGUGUUCACGGCGUCCAUGUCUGGUCUUCUCUGUCUUAUCACGGUACCUGGUAACGUCUUAGUAUGUGUUGCAAUGCUAAAGGAUCCAUACAAAGAGCUGAAAAAUUCAUUCAACUGUUUCGUACUACAAUUAGCAAUCAGCGAUCUUGUAGUUGGUGCAAUCACAGAGCCCUCCUUUUUCGUUUUCCAUACCAGAGAAGCAAUGGGCUACCCAGUCAUGCAAAAUAUCUGGCUUAUUCACCUGCCAUUUUUUAUCUCUUACACAGCGUCGAUACUGAGCAUCGCAGCUUUAACGCUUGAUAGAUAUCUCACGGUGAUGUCGCACUACAAGAGAGUGUUAUCCACUAGUACAGUGACCUUGAUAUCAGUACUGAUAUGGGUGGUCUCUGUUUCAUUACCAUGCUUUUACUUCAUGAUUGGCUUUUACAUGUUUGCAUUCUUGUUUAUGAACAUGGCGCUCAUCAUAGUUGUUAGUAUACUAACGUUUUCCUAUGCGCGAAUUCAUCACAGACUCAAGGCACAAAUUUCUCGCUGGGACUCAUUUUACCAGAAGGAGGUCAAAUUAGACGCAAUGUCGAUGGAAAGAAACGUGAAUCGCGCUUUUUACAUCAUUUUAGGAAUAUUCAUGGUUUGUCUUUUCCCCUCUCUGGUUAUGAUAUAUAUCAUCAAUUUCUGCGACAGCUGCAACUGUACUUUAAUUCACUGGUUAAGAGACUUGCAAUUUUUAUUUCCAUUGAUCAACUGCUCCUUAAACCAAUUUUUAUACGCCUGGAAAAGUCGAAACUUUCGACGCGCUAUUUCUGCAUUGUUGUGUAAAACUGUUUCUUACCGAAUCACAGAGCCACCACACAGCCCUGAUGGAAUUACUUCUGCAAGCUUUAAAUCCACAGAUGAAAUGCAAUUACUUCCACUGGAUCCUGUCAAUCUUCUUAUGGCGGCCGGGAACGGGUGUGGAGAAAUAAAUCAAAACGUUUUUGACUAAAAUUUCCUGCCUAAUCCAGAAGACAUUAUAUCGUGACUGAAAUUAAGAAAUAGAGAGGAGAAAUCGUUUCGUCACGUUGCCAUGGUAGCAAAAUUUCUGGAUCUCAACAAACCGUGGUUUUGUAAAUAUGGCAGAACAAAAAACGAAAAAAUCGUCAUGUAUGACCUUCCUGUGCAUAAUUGCACUUAGCAACAAAAUGGUAGCCCAUGCUACUUCUUCCAUUUUUGGGACAAUGCAAAUGGCCGUCUCUGUAAAGAAAGAUUAUUGAGAUCCAGAAAUUUUUCUACCAUGGUAACGUGACGUCAGAGUUGUCCUCUCUAUUUCAGGCGGUUUGUCUGGUUUCCAGUCCUUCUACACUGUAUUCCGUACAGGUUGGAUCGGAGUGUGCGAACUGAUUGGAGGCUAAGAUCCUCCACCGUAUUUUACGACGCCACUUUUUCAGUGGUUUUCAACAGAAGAAAAGACCCCACGAGGCUGUGCGGGGAACAUUGGAUGAAGUGCUUACAAGCGAUUGCUGGAAAAUCUUUAGACUGUUUUUUGGAGGGAUAACAAAAGAUGCAUUAGCGAGUGAUGAGUUGAAUGUGUUGUGUGAAAUGUUAAGUGUACUAAGUUAUGACUGUUUUUAAGAUAAAAGUUUGCUGCUUCCCGUUUUGGGCAGCCGUUUUAGAGUUACUAUUAAAUGAAGUUAUUGUUGUAAACUGCGCAUUAGCCAUGAACUCCUCACAGAAAUUUUUUAUCUAGAGUAACUAAACCCAUAAAAAGGAUACUUUAUGCAGGUAGUUACUAGUUAGCACUGAAAAAUCUAACUUUCAGAGAAUGAUUUGACGGGAAUAAAGAUCGUGUUCAUAAGGCGAAUAUAUUGAAAUCUGCGAGAGAAACCAAAGCAAACACGGAAUUCCAGCUUAAUACGAGUUCAUGUACUUUUACCAUAAUCGGUUGGCAGAGCGACAAAUUAUUCUUUUUUGCGAGGUAAAGCAACGAUUGAUUUUAGUCGAUUAACCAGUAAAUCAAUCUUGCGAGCAAUUUAUCUACCCGGCCACCACGAAGCGAUAUCAAUCAACUGCUCCCAUGGUCCCGCAGUGAUUUUAAAUUAAAUAGUGUGCUUUUAGUUCACACUCCCGCAGCCCGUUAUCUUGCAGUCAGUCUAUUUAAUGCCUCCGCAGUCUCCCAUUUCUGUAGACGAAUAUUUCAGGAAGUUUAACUUAAUAUAGUCUGCUGGCUUGAAGAACUCGCUGGUCAAGGGUAACCAAGACGCUGGAUACAAUGGGGAAAACGGCGUGUGCGUACACGUCACCUGAAAUCCUUACACCAAACAACAAGGGCUAACGAAUACCUGCUGUUGCUCAGGGGCACCCAACGAAUGUUUUCUUUAAAAUAUCUUGUUCGGACUGGGAGCAAAUAUUGCCUAGAAUUUUCUAUUACGCGAGGACGGCUAAAUUUUCUACAUGACCGUUGCCUUCAUGCACAAAGCUUACCUAAUUUCCUACAAAGCUUACCUAAUUUCCUACGAUUUUCUGAAGGUUACUUUUUCACAUUUCACUCAUCAGGUUAGGCUAUUUUUCGUGGAAGAAAGAAAACCUAAAAUAUUCGGAUUAAAAAAUAUGAAGAGAGGAAUCAGAAAAAUUCUCAUUUUCGUAACACGUUAAAUUGCCUCUAAAAUUUUCGGGAAAAAAAUACUGAAGCCCUUGUAAUUUCAAAAAGCCCCAAGUUGCCCUAGGAUGACCGAUAUUAUAGCGCCGCCUAGAAUACAUUUCUAGAGAUCCAAAAGUAUUCUGGAUAGCGUAAAAAGUGUUUUCAAUGUAUUUAGGAGGAAACCGUCGUUGGGUGCCACUGAUUGCUAUUGUCUUGUCAUGGUUAUGUUUUGGGUAUGCUAGGUUUUUAAUGAAACUGAGGAAAUUUUGGCUUCCCGAUUGUUUUUGAGGACAAUAUCAAACAUGUAGCUAAAGCGAUGCAUGAUAACUGAAAGCGGCAAUUCUUACCUUCUUUGUCAAGAAUAUCAACCUAAACUUGUGUUACAAAAAUGACAAUAAUUUCACCAUAGUUGGGAAAAGAAUGAAAAGGUCUGAUUUGUUCUAAUCGUCGCGUUCAUCUUUUUUUGGUUGCCGUCGUUUUUACCUUUUUUUAAGAUUCGAUAGAUUUAGCUGCUUAAACCCGGCGAACAAUUACCUCAAUUCCAAUCGCAAUUACAAGUACCGGAAGGUGGCACAAAUGCUUUUAACAAUAACAACCCGCAAUUCAUUUGAUUUCAUUUGUAUUUUUUUUUUUCGCUUUUUAAUUUUACGCCAAGUUGACAUAAUUGUGCAUUCAAAUUGUUAAUUGCGGUGUUAUUCUUUAAAGCGAAAUGUAGCGAGACCUUUCGUAAAAAAUAAUUAGAAGAAUGGAUUUUCUGCUAUUUGGGCUUGCUACAACGCUUCACAUAACUACUUCGAGUUUGAUGAAAUUCGAGUCAUAUGUCUCCAUUUACCAACAUGUUCGCCAUGCAUAAGGGAUUCUUCUUAUUAAAUCGUUUAUUUUACUCCGUUGCUUUUAGAUCUGUUGAGGUUCGUUUAACAUGCAGUGUAAAUCUUUAUUUUCACAAGCUGACGCAACCUGAGGCGUUGUUUGAAUACACUGAUGUAUUUUUAACUCUCAGGAAAUAGAUUAGUUUUCUUCUCGGUAUGGGUCUUGACUCAGAUUCAUAUUACAUAGGAAAUUGUUUACCACAUUUCUAUGAGAAAAUUGUUUUAACGCGAAUUGUCUACAUAGAUAUUAAGCUGUCAAAAAAACCACCUGCUUUAAAAUACAUUCUCGGGACAUUUUGUAGAAACAUCGAAAACCUUCAUGCCGAGAAAGAAUGCUAACUAAGAAGUAAGACCUGCCCUGGUACGUGUCUUAUUUUUGCUGUAAAAAAGGCUUUUAAGAAUGAACAGAGAAUCUAUGUAGAAUUCAUAUUUGUGUUUGAAAGUGCUUCUUUGCCAAAAAAAGCAAAUACAGACACGUCUCCGUAGUUUUUAUUUUUCACUCUUAAAUUUUCGUUCAUUCCCUAGCAAUUUUUUGUUAGCUAUUAGCAACCUUUUCGCUUCAUCUUUUAGGGGGUUUCCACGCAAUAGCCGGGACGGUCACAUGGAAAAAAAGGAAUUGGUGUAAAAAAAGUCGCAACUUACCCGCUUGCGACAGGUGACAGGAACUAGUAGCUGUUCGAAUUGAGUAUUAUUUAUUUUCAAGGAAGCGAUGAAGUUCAGCAGCAAUCUCUGCGACGAUGUCUGGGCACCGUUCGCUACCUCAGUCACAACAGCAAGCGUUUCGGCAAUUUUGUGCCUCAUAACCGUCCCAGGAAACUUGCUAAUCUGCUGGGCAAUCAUUAAAGACCCGAACAGGGAACUGAAAUCAUCUUUCAACUAUUUGGUUCUGAACCUUGCAAUAGCCGACUCCUUUAUUGGAAUUGUUACAGAACCCGUUUUUGUGUGGUACCACAGCGCUGAAGCGAUGCACCAUCAAGUCUUAGGCUUGCGUUGGGUAGUGUAUAUGUCAUAUUUCAUGUCCUCUACCGCUUCUGUGUUGAGCAUAGCUGCAUUAGCCACAGACCGCUAUAUAGCAGUGACUUCUAUAACCACCAGAAAGCUGUCUUCUUCACAAGUUAUCGCUGCAUCUGUUGCAAUAUGGGUUUUUUCAGGAGGAUUGCCUUUUCUCUACUUCGUGGCUGGAUUUUACACGUUAGCGUUUAUUUUCGCUAACACUACAAUAAUAUUAACAAUGGCGUUAUUACUUUUUUAUUUCGUUCGCAUUUUUCGGAGGCUAAACGCUCAUGCAAGGCAUAUGAGAUCAGUUCUUGGUCACGGAACUACUCAUAAAGGGCUUCACGUAGAAAAAAAGGCAACAAAAUGUUUCUUUCUUAUCUUAGUUUCGUUCUUUUUGUGUAGUUUUCCAUCUUGUGUUAUGAUUUAUGUUAUCAACCUCUGUAGCACAUGUAGCUGUGUGCUAAUACACUGGUUUAGGGAUCUCCAAUACUUACUUGUGUUGGUAAACUCCGCUUUUAACCAGUUUUUAUAUGCGUGGCGGAUGGGUGGUUUUCGCAGGGCGUUUGGUCGGAUACAUCCGAUCUUCGUGGGAUGGGAAGGAAGAGAAAAACGU